AUACGCAAUGGCGUUAUGGGCGGAGUCUCAGAUUCUACCGUGAGGAGGUUAGUCCAGUUGUUAUAUGAUAAGCAGCACCUGGCUGAGGAGGAAAGACGAGGAGAACCUCUGCUUCACUGUUUGUGUGCCUCAGAAAUGAACGGUGCAGUGGCCAUGGAGGCCACCAGGAGACGGACCCAGCAAGGUGCCAACGGUAAAACGUCUGAAGCAGAGGAGCACACAGCACAGUGGGGCAGAGCAUGGGAGGUGGACUGGUUUUCCCUGAUCAGUGUGAUCGGCCUGCUCUGCUUUGCUCCUUUCAUCGUCUUCUACUUUGUGAUGGCCUGUGAUCAGUACCAGUGCUCCGUCAGCCAGCCCCUCUUUGAUCUGUACCGAGGUGAGACCUCGCUGCUCUCCAUCUGGGCUCGGUCGCCCUCCUUCACCUGGACAGCUGCAAAGAUAUAUGCCAUCUGGGUGGCCUUCCAGGUGUUCCUCUACAUGUGUGUUCCUGAUAUCACUCAUAAAUUCAUUCCUGGUUAUGUUGGUGGAGUGCAAGAUGGAGCACGAACUCCUGCAGGUUUGAUUAAUAAGUACGAGAUCAACGGGCUGCAGUGCUGGCUGAUCACUCACGCUCUGUGGUUUGCCAAUGCCCAGUAUUUCCACUGGUUCUCUCCCACCAUCAUCUUCGACAACUGGAUCCCCCUGAUGUGGUGUACUAACAUACUGGGCUACGCUGUGGCCUCCUUUGCCUUCGUGAAAGCCCACUACUUCCCAACCAACUCUGAAGACUGCAAGUUCACCGGGAACGUCUUCUACAACUACAUGAUGGGCAUCGAGUUCAACCCUCGCAUCGGUGAGUGGUUCGACUUCAAGCUUUUCUUCAAUGGCAGACCCGGCAUCAUAGCCUGGACUCUUAUCAACCUGUCCUACAUGGCCAAACAACAGGAACUCUACGGCCACGUCACCAACUCCAUGAUCCUGGUCAACGUGCUGCAGGCUAUUUAUGUGUUGGACUUCUUCUGGAAUGAGGCGUGGUACCUGAAGACAAUCGACAUCUGCCACGACCACUUUGGAUGGUAUCUGGGCUGGGGGGACUGCGUCUGGCUGCCGUACCUCUACACACUGCAGGGUCUGUACCUGGUGUACCAUCCAGUCCAGCUCUCAGACAUGCACGCCCUGGCUGUCCUGUUGCUCGGCCUCGUUGGUUACUACGUCUUCCGCUCCACCAACCACCAGAAGGAUCUGUUCAGACGCACCGAAGGCGCCUGCUCCAUCUGGGGCCGAAAGCCAACCUACAUCGAGUGUUCGUACAGCUCUGCUGACGGAGGCACUCACCACAGCAAACUCAUGACCUCCGGGUUCUGGGGCGUGGCUCGGCACUUCAACUACACCGGGGACCUGAUGGGCUCUCUGGCGUACUGCGCCGCCUGUGGCUUCGGACACAUUCUGCCGUACUUCUACAUCGUUUACAUGACCAUCCUGCUGGUCCACCGCUGCAUGCGCGAUGAGCACCGCUGCAGCAGCAAGUACGGGAAGGACUGGAAACGGUACACAGAUGCUGUGUCUUACCGGCUGAUUCCUGGAGUGUUUUAGAGAGAGGAAGAGGGGGGAGGAGUGGGAGGAAGGAGGCGGAACAGAGAUUAAAGAGCAGAUGAAGAAAUUAUAACCAGCAAGCCGAGCGUUGACUGUGAUUUUUGCGCAUCAAGAAUAUACCUCACUGAUUACAUCAUAGCGCUUCGUUUCAUACAUGCUGUAAUUCACAUGUGUUUAUACUGCAUGUGUAGACUGCUGUACACCUGUAUACACAAGAACAGAUAGUUUGUUUCUACAUUCCUCUGCUGCAGUAAACACAGUUUGAUACAGCAGUCUUUUGCUGGCUCUGUUAAGCUACCAAGCACAAGUUAAAGCAGCUCAAGCCAGGUUCAGAAACAGAAACAGUCAGUUCUCAUGUAGAGAGGAGUCUAAAACUGAUCACACACUGCUGCGACGUCCACAUAAUGAUGCGUCGAAAGGAUUUUAUCGUCACUUUAUUUCUUUUUUUUUUUUUUUCAAAUACAAGAAAAAGAGUUAGCAGAUAGUUAGUAUGAAGUUUACCAAGACAUGCCUGGAUCAGUUUCUCAAUUUCUCUCUUCUUUUUUUGUGCUGCUCACAAAAAUAAGCAACACAUGAUGCCUUUUAUUUCUCAGCAGAGACCACUGCAGUGUUUAUUCAUUAUGUUUACUGCAUUUUACAUCAAAUAAGUACUUCUGAAUAAAGGAGUAUUUGUUCAUAGAUACUGGAUUUAUUUUGAUGCUGCCCUUCAAAUAAGUGGACCAAAUAUUGCUCACACCACUCUAGAGACCGCCUCAUGGAAAGAUCAUCUUUACUAAAGCUCUGUUAGCUAUUAGCUGCGAUUACUGUCAUGUUGUAAAUCUUCUCACACUGUAGCUCUCCUCAUUGUGGAAGAGAGUAUGUCAGCCUUUGUUAAUGAGUUUGAUUUCUCAUUGGCCUUUACAAACCCACAGACACACUGUGAAACAACGAACAGCACUUGUGUUCUUUCUGCGUUCCUUAAGCUUGUAUAGUCAUGUCAAAGCAUAACGCUGGUGUGUUUUAUUUUCUGAUGUCCAAACAUCACGUUUGUUGUGUUUUUUUUCCUCCUUAUAACCAGCACUGCCUUUCUUAUAGCUACAGUGGAAAAAAUAAAGUUUGAUAUUUGUUACCUA